AUGUCUCAAGAUACAUUCUCUACUCCUAAACAAAAAAGUGAGUCUUCUGAACUAAAUAAUCAUCUUGCUAGAGAUCAGGAAGAUGAAGACCUACGGGCCAAACGAAGAAGACGGCGUACUACGGACGCUGAGACAUCUAUUUUGGAGCAAUAUUUUUUGAAAACGCCUAAGCCAAACCUUUUGGAAAGACAAGAACUCAGCAAAAAACUAAACUCUAGCAUGUCCCCACGAGAAUUGCAAAUUUGGUUUCAAAACAAACGUCAAUCACUGCGUAAAAACAAUAGCUUACACCGUGCACGUUCAGAAAUUGAGCUAGAAGGUGUAACUCCAAGGAGACAAUCUAUGAUAACUCUUUGUGAAAGUCAAAAUGGUGAAGCUGAACUAUUCUUUCUAAAGAAAACUGUCGAUAAUAACCUCAACUUGGAAAACAAAUCAGCAAAACAAACUAGAAAAACCGACACGUCAGAAAACAUCGGAAAACUUCUCUCUAGCAAAGUUAAUCAACCUCCUUCACCGAAAGAAGAUAAUAAUUCGUCCCAUAGGGAAUUGGAAGAAUGCGCCAAAAGUUUAAUUGAAUUACAACAAAGAAAUAAUCAUGCUCAGCAUCAAUGA